AUGCGGCAAACAUCCAUGCCUCGACGCUCAGCCUCAAGUGAUUCACACUCACCAGGGGGUUUCCAGAUUCCCGUAACGGUGGGUCCCCGGUGGAUCGUCGAGGCUAGCUGGUUUGAGACGGCCUGUCAUGCAAGACGACACAUUUUGUGGAGCAUGUCUGUGAUCCACGAUAGGCCUGGAUCACGGUGGGACACUGCGUUCCUGGGUCAAUGGAGAUGCCUCCAAACGGUCUAUCUCAUCUACGAGACCCCUUGGCCCCUGAAUCAAACCCCAGGUUUCACGGGUUUAGAGCCCCAUGUGGUGGAUUGGGCCGUUCGUCAUGGCUUCGUGUACGGCUAUGCAGUACUAAAAUUAGACUUGACUCGCGGACAUUUAUGGAAUUGUUUUCCUCUCCCGAGUUCAUCAGAUAGGGAAGAGACAAGUUUCUGCGAGUUGUGCAUGGAAGAACCAUGGCGCAUAAUGAUAUGCGUAUGGGUCUGGCUUUUCACAGCCUCUGAGCCAAUCUCCGAUGGACCCCUUUUGAAUUAUUCAAUGAGUCGCACAUAG